GUCAGCCCAGCCUCCAAGUGAGCCUCUCCUCCUCUCCUGAGAUCCAGCCACCAUGAGGGCUUUCUGCCUUCUGCUGCUGACUGUCUGCUUACUCUUCUCCCAGUUCACCCCAGGUGUUGGCCUUCUUGAAGGUCUUGGCCAGAGAUCUGACCAUUACAAAUGUGUCAGGAAUGGAGGAACCUGUCACUUUUCCUCUUGCCCACUCUAUACCAAAAUUCAGGGCACCUGUUACAGCAGGCGGGCCAAGUGCUGCCUGUGAGCUGGGAGUGAUUGGGAGAAAGAAUGCCGAAGCCAAGUGACAGAUUUGUACUGUUUUAAUAAAGGAAGACUUUUCUCGAA